AACCCCCAUCGCUCUCACCACGCCGCCAUCGGCUGUAUCCCCUCGCUUCAUCCGUCCAUCUGUGCAGACGCCGCCGCCGUCGUUGCGUGCCUGAACGAGCGCCAUGGGUAACCAGCAGUCGAGUGCAGGAGGCGGGCCGCCCGACGACAAGAGCAAGAAGGACAAGAAGGACAAGCCAAAGUACGAGCCCCCGCCACAACCCACGACCCGCAUCGGCAGGAAGAAGAAGAAGGCGGCUGGCCCCAGCGCCGCCGCGAAGCUCCCGAUCGUCUAUCCCACUGCGCGAUGCAAGCUACGCUAUCUCCGAAUGCAGCGCAUCCACGACCACCUGUUGCUGGAGGAGGAGUACGUCGAGAACCAGGAACGCCUCCGCAAGGCCAAGGCGGUCAAGGAGGGAAACGCGCCCGCCGCCGCCAAUGCUGGCGAGGGCGCCGAAGACCGCAAUGCCGAUGAACGCUCGCGCGUCGACGACAUGCGCGGCAGCCCCAUGGGCGUCGGCAACCUCGAGGAGCUCAUUGACGACGACCACGCCAUUGUCUCGAGCGCCACCGGCCCUGAAUACUACGUCUCUAUUAUGUCUUUUGUCGACAAGGACCUGCUCGAGCCGGGCGCCAGCAUUCUCCUGCACCACAAAUCCGUCUCGGUGGUCGGCGUGCUCACCGACGACGCCGAUCCCUCCGUGUCGGUCAUGAAGCUCGACAAGGCACCCACCGAGUCUUAUGCGGACAUUGGAGGUCUCGAGUCACAGAUCCAGGAAGUGCGAGAGGCGGUCGAGCUGCCACUUCUGCAUCCUGAGUUGUACGAGGAGAUGGGAAUCAAGCCGCCAAAGGGUGUCAUCCUGUACGGUGCGCCCGGUACCGGAAAGACACUGCUGGCCAAGGCGGUAGCAAACCAGACGAGCGCGACUUUCCUGCGUAUUGUCGGCAGUGAGCUUAUCCAGAAAUACCUAGGAGACGGCCCAAGGCUCGUUCGACAGUUGUUCCAGACCGCUGCCGAAAACGCCCCUUCGAUUGUCUUCAUCGACGAGAUUGACGCCAUUGGCACCAAGCGAUACGAGUCGACAUCGGGAGGCGAGCGUGAGAUUCAGAGAACCAUGUUGGAGCUCCUGAACCAGCUGGACGGUUUCGAUGACCGUGGUGACGUCAAAGUCAUCAUGGCCACCAACAAGAUUGAGACGCUGGAUCCUGCCCUCAUUCGUCCUGGUCGUAUUGACCGAAAGAUUCUCUUCGAGAACCCUGACCAAACCACCAAGAAGAAGAUCUUCACCCUCCACACGUCCAAGAUGUCACUUAACGAGGAUGUCGAUCUGGAUGAGUUCAUUAACCAAAAGGACGACCUCUCUGGUGCUGACGUGAAGGCUAUUUGUUCCGAAGCUGGUCUCAUGGCCCUCCGUGAGCGCCGUAUGCGCGUCAACAUGGACGAUUUCAGGACUGCUAGGGAGCGUGUGCUCAAGACGAAGACGGAGGGAGAGCCCGAGGGCUUGUACUUGUAAGCUUAUGACAGACAUCCGUAAUGCCAGAUUGAGCUACCGGCAAUACGCUGCUUUCAGUGCAGCUUGGUCAUUAUAGACUCUUGAUCCA